UAUUUUUUUAUCAAUCUGUAAUAUACGUCUAUACACAAAAUGAAAUCAAAAUAUAUAAGUCAAAGAAAUACUGUCUUAUAUCAGUGUUGGUAAACAAAGUUAAACAGCUGUUUUGUGAACUGGAUCACAAGAAGAGAAUUAGUCAUCAAACAAAAUAUUAAAACGAAAUUAACGAGAAAAGCUGGUCUUUUUCCCCAAUUCCUUAUUUUUAGCAGCAAAUUAUACAAAAAUGAAUCGCCUUUUCGGACGUGGAAAGCCCAAGGAGCCCGGCCCAAGCAUCAACGAUUGCAUAGCUGGGGUUGACGCCCGAGCCACCAAUAUCGAGGAGAAGAUUGCUAAGCUCGAGACUGAGCUGCGCAAAUAUCGCGAGCAAAUGUCCAAAAUGCGUGAAGGUCCGGCCAAAAACUCUGUGAAACAAAAGGCCCUUCGGGUUUUGAAACAAAAGAAAGCCUACGAACAACAAUCGGAAUCUCUGCGCAACCAAUCCUUCAACAUGGAACAGGCAAACUAUGCGGCGCAGUCGCUUAAAGAUACUCAGGCCACCGUUGCGGCUAUGAAGGAUGGCGUCAAGCAAAUGAAGAGCGAAUACAAAAAGAUAAACAUUGAUCAGAUCGAGGAUAUUCACGAUGACAUGGCUGAUAUGCUCGAACAAGCCGACGAGGUUCAAGAGGUCCUUGGACGCACUUACGGAAUGCCGGAGGUGGAUGACGACGACCUGCAGGCAGAGUUGGAUGCCCUGGGCGAUGAGAUCGCCUUGGACGAUGACUCCAGUUACUUGGAUGACGUAGUCAAGGCUCCAAAUGCACCAGAUAAGGAGCCGGGUGCCGACAGCAUUAUACCUGGCAAGAGCACCAUUGAAACGGAUGAAUUUGGUUUGCCUAAGAUUCCAACAUCUCUGAAGACCACAUAGGCCAGCUCUCAGGUUUCCUCUCCGCUUUUUUUGUUGAGCUACGGGCACGCUUUGUAUAUUUUAUAUGUAUUGGAUCCAUGAAAGAUAGCCUCUCAAGUAUCAUUUUUGUAAGCAUUUGUUUUGUUCAAUAAAGAACUCGCUAAAAUUUGUAGUGAAGUGAAUUUAUGAAAAAAUUCUCUAAUUUUAAUUAAUUUAAAGUGUAAAAAAAAUAUAGGUUUUAAUUUGUUAAAUAUAUAUUUAGUG